CUUAACUUAACUCCAAGGACUUUCAGGUUUUUGAGAGGAAAGAAUGAAAUAGCGAUGGCUGGUGAUAAUGUAAUGAGGAGGUCAAUCUACGUAUGUUUGCUGGUCACUUCCAUUUCAGUAUAUUCAGUAAUAGCAGGCAAGUUGACACCUAUCACAAGCUAGCAGGACAAUUAAAUAAAACUUUUAGAUCAAUGUAAAACUAAAAUUAUGACAUUGGCUUAUUUCAAAUAAUCGUAUCACCUUAUUUUAUACUUUAGGCAAAGCUAAGCUACUGAGGAACUUAAAGAGUGCAUCCUAUCCAUGGUUUGGUGAAGCGUAUAAAAGAAAUUGCCCAGAUUCAGAGGCCAAUUGGCCACAGUGUUAUAAUUUACGGUGAGUUCAGUUAUUUCAAGCAUUUUAUAGAAUUUUAUCCUUAUCCUGUUUAGUGUCAGAAUAUAUUUGUAUAUGUACAAUUGACUGAAUUGACAGCUUGACUAAUAGAAACAAUUUUAAUAAUACUAACAGCUUGACUGUUAGGAACGAUUUGACUGAUAGUUACAGCUAGACUGAUAGGUUCAAUGUGACUGAUACUUAUAACUGAUUGAUACACAAUAGAUGGCAGAAAAGGGUUAGAGGCCAAAGUCUUGAUUAGCCGUAGACUUAACGAAAAACAUAACAAGGAAACGGAGUCACAAGUUAAACACAUAAACAAACAAACCAAUGUGUACAUUAGCACACACAAAAUUCCAACAAUUACGGUGACGCAGAGCAAUUAAAGAGCACAGUUAAAAACACAAGAACAAAAAAAUCCACCUGCGCUGGUCAUCUACUGCAUCCUUGUCUGUGUCCAGUCGUCUUGACUGAUUCAUUCCUUUAAAAGCAAACAACGACAGAGUGAGGCAACUCUCCUUCACUUUAAAAUAAAAUAUUAAAAAAUACAGCUCAAUUCAAGGCUACUACUCAAGACUUGGUCAUCUUCGCCUGCCAAGGACAAACGAUUUUCAUUUAUGUAUAUGUUUACACAGAACUACACAAUUUAAGAUGCACGAGAUGUUCAGAAAUUGUGUGCGAUUGAAUGUAAUUGUCAUAUUCUAAAAAUCUGUUGUCAUGUGUUUUUCUACUUUCUCCUACCUAGUCCCAAUGAACAGGAAUCGAUCAUCAGACGAGCAGGACUUCCAGACGAUACUACACUGACAACAGAACUUGAGGUUGUGUUCAGUGCGCCUGAAGGUUUGCAUCUAUUUCUUUACUUCACUAUUAAGUAUAUAUUAGCACGCAAUAGUAUUACAUUAACAGAAUCAUUGGGCCUACCUAAUUUUUCCUUUUACCAGGAUGCUUUAGACAUUACUAAAGUGGCCAUUUUUUAUUCAGUUUGUUCUAAGCAGGAAAAUGGGGCAUGUGUCAACUUUUGUUAAUAAACAUUUCUGGUUUGGCUGUGUGCAAAAGUGAGACUUCGGAAAUGUUAAGUUUUGUCUUGCAAAAUGUUUUUGUUUUUAAAUUAGGGCUAGGAGAAAGUAUACCAACAAGCUGACUUUAUGCAAUCAAAUGAAAAUGGAGUCCUCUGCAUGGUUUUCAUGUACGAUGGCUGAACUUCUUACUAAACCUGGCAAGCUUGGUCUGGCUAAAGAUAAUAUGCAAAAUAUGUAAUAUAAAGCUGAAACAAUUUAAAAAUGAAAGGAACACAGCGAUUGUUUGUCAGACUCAUUAAGAGUACACAUACAACGAAUCUCACUUAAUCCUAAACAACGGGCAAUUGUAUAAUACUUUCUAGAGACUUUAUUGAAAGUGUUUAUGUCAUAUUCAAUUAAAUGCAGAAAUGUAACUGAACAUCUGACUGAUAGUUGGCUACAAAUGCAACCAUUGUCUUGUUAUAUCCCAUGUUUUAGAAGAUAUUGAUGUCUGCGGCAAAGAUGAGCCCAUGAGUAAAGUGAACGAAUUUAUUUUAAAUGAGGAAGGGAUAGCAGCUGAGAGCUCUCUUGGUGUGAGUUACAUUAUUUUAUAAUUGCAUGGUACAAAUUAUUAUGGUACAAAUAAUCUAAAUACAUCCUAUCAGGGCAUUAACAAUUCAGGUUAAUUAUAGUUCACACUAUCAUGCACCAAGAUGUUAGGUUUCACAAUUAUACAAUUGUGUCAUAAUAUUGUAACUUUGAAAUCAAAAUUGUGAGGAAAUUAUCAUUACAUGCAUUUGUAUUUGCGUUGUUAUGGUAAACAAUAUUUUGAAUAAAUCACUGUGAAGAAAUUUUCGUAAAACACCAUAAUGUUUAACAUGAUAUGAAACACGAAAUAAUGAAACUACAAUACUACUGUUUAUCCAUUUACAAGAUACACAAUUAUGGUGUACGAUAUAUCAAAUACAUUACAACGGUACAAAUCAUUAAUUACACGUUUACAUAGCUCAACAUUACGCUACAGAUAUCUUUGUACACAUUUAAAUUUGGGAAAACACAUUCAUUUAGCGUAUAAAUUAAUCAUGCACAAUACAUGUAAUUAUUGUAGACAUUGUAACGUACACAUUUUAGAAAACUAAAUUGAAGUCAUAGUCACAUGAUCAGCCUUAUUAUCUGCACUGGUCUUGUCGUAUUUCUCUAAAUGUUUAUUGAACAGUUUCAGCAGCUCCUAACUCUGGUAAUAUUCUAUCACAAGCUUGGUGCAGAGAUCUACAGGAAACAGCCAAAAGUUAACUGGGACGCCAAGGAAGGUGUUAUGUACACACUUAUAUUCUGGGACGUCGGGUUCUUCAAGAUUCGUGGGUGGUUCUACAACAUUGAGCUGAAAGGAUCGGAAAUGCUGGGAUUGGUAAUAAAGGUUUUUGUAUUUAUAAGCGAUCAGAAUCUUUAAAUCAGAAUACUUGUUAGACUUAACAGGACCUCACUGCAUUCUGCAACAAUAUGUCCAUCUUUUUGUGUAUUUAAAAUUAUUUUAAACUAGGUAUGACACAAAUCUGGGAUAUGGGGCAUUAACUUCCUAUAUUCUACCACAAUAUCGUUUAUAUUUCCAACACACACACACGCACACACACACACACUAGCACACACUGACACACAAGUCUGACAUUUUGUUACUUGGCACAAAGACAAAAUGGUCUUGCUAAAAUAAAUGAGGCAUAAAAUUUAUUUUUGCUUCCUUAAUUGUGGUCGUUGAUUUGUUAUUUCGCCAUCUCAAUAAUCAGAUAUUAUGAUCCACGUGUCUGCAUUGGUUGACAAGAAUUUUUCUAAACGUUAGCAGCUUUUCUUGACUUUCUUGUCAACAAAGUCGUGUGAAAGUUUUAGCCGUUCUCCACUACUGUCAACUUCAGUACAUCGAAUGCUACAAUUCCCAGCAUUGCCAACUUCAGCUCAUCAAAUGCUACAUAUUCCUCAAUAGUCAUCUUAAGCUCAUCAAAUGUUAUAUUUUAUUAUUAUUGCCAUCUUCAGCUCAUUUAUUGCUACAUUUUCCACUAUAGCCAUCUUAAGCUCAUCAAAUUGACAGUUUUUAAAUCAGAAGUACACAGUGGCCACGUGAUUUAUUGUAGGAAGGUCAUAUGAAGAACGUUAAAUACGUUUCUGGCUGCUUGACACUUGACCUCUGACCUUCAAUGUUACUUUUUGGAAAACAGAUUUAGCUUGAUCAUCAACAAAACAAAUCUCUGUAGAGAAGACCGUAAAUGUAAUAUUUACUGUUAACUUUGCUUUCUGUCUGAUUUUUAAACACACACACUUGGUCGGCCCCCCAUGGAAGAACCAUUGACCAAAGUCAUGACAUAGCUGUACACGAGUCUACCUUCUGGAAGCGGGACUUUUCUUUGUUUCGGUUGGUGAAGACACUGUCAGUGACUUCAAAUCCGUGAACCAAAUACUUUUAUACUUCUCCCGUUUGGUAACCUUUUUAAGUAGCGGUGCUACAUCCCAACACCAACCAUAAACCCAGUACUUCUUAUGUUGUAAUCUGUUAUUGUAUUUCAGACCAACUCUCCAUACUAUCCACCUGCCAACCCAACACCUAACAUAAACCCAGUGCUUAUCAUGUUAUUGGAGCAAACAAACAGCACAACCUCCAGCACUAACGAAACAAUGAACUUGUGUGUAGAGACUAUACCCAACCCACAGCGAGCAGAAAGGUGCAGGAAUAGUGUCAUAACGUGGCUGAAAGAUGGUCUGAGUAAGUAGAAUGAGCUAUGACCAGUGGCCUAGCUAGGGGGGGGCGGGGGGACAUAUGUCCCCGGGCGCCACGUUAGGGGGCGCCAAAAUGAGUAUUGAAACUAACUAUUUAAUUUUAUUAAAAUAUCUUCAUUACAAACCUGUUGGAAAGCAUAAUUUUUGCGCCCCCAUUGAGCAUUUAGGGGCGCCAUUCUACUCAUAAAGAAAUGACACAUCCACAAUGUAGGAUUGCUGAUGGUGUUGUUUUUUUUAAAACAAAGAUCAGUUCGGGUUCAAAUAUUAUUCUUCAUAAACUGAAAGUAGCAUCUGGUUUUAACAAUUAUACAGGUUGGAUAAUUUCGAGUCGAAUAUAGGAUUUUACGUGAGUGCAAGGAAGAUAGAAUAAUACUUCACAUAAGUUGAAAAGAGAAAGAUAGAUAACAAGUAUUUGUCUCAUUGAAUAAUAUCUGUAGCCUUCUCUCACUUGACGGCAGUUAUCAACCGCCUGCAACGCCAGUCUUAGAACACGAAAGCAAGAAGGUUGAACCAUACCGACAAGAUUACAACAUACAAGAAGAUAGGAUUAAGACAGUGGUACUGUUUAGGCUGAGGAAAACACCAGAGACGAUGUUGUUGAACAGAUUCAACAAGACGCUGACCUUUCUGACAGUGACGAGGACAAUGAGAUGGAAUAAUUUUCUUUUGAUGAAGAAGCUAAAGAUGGUGUUGUUCUUUUUCCUGCUGUCCUAAGAUUUCAUGAUGUUGGCUAUUUAGAAUUUGAUCAAACGACAAAGCUAUCGAUAAUACCACAGCCUCUUCGUGAUGAAAUGAUAACUCUAGGAUCUAUACCCUUUCAGCAUAGAGGCAGUCUAUCGUUAGCAGCAGGUGAACGUUCGAUUACUACGUCAUGGUUUAAACGCCGACUAGCAAAUGGAGAGGAAGUAAAUCGAUCGUGGCUAUUAUAUUCAUCAAUUAAUAAAGCUGCUUACUGUUUUUGCUGUCUAGUGUUUACAUCAAGUUCAAACUCACGAUCUUCAUUUGAGUUAAUCGAUGGUUUCAACAAAUGGAGAAAGCCAGAAAAACUACAAUCUCAUGAAAACAGUCCCGGCCACCGCAUAGCUUUUACUACAUGGAAGGAAGCCGAGCGAGGAUAAUUGAUACAACUGGAAUUGAUGUCCAGGUCCAAGCUCAAAUUCAAUUGGAAAAACAACGUUGGCGGGAUAUUUUGAAAAGAAUACUUACCUGGAUUAAGUUUCUAGUUUCUUAAAAUUUGGCUUGGCACUGCGUGGCCAUGAGAAACAUCUGCAUCAGGACGAGGAUAAAAAUGUUGGAAUCUUUCUCUCUGUGAUCAAACUCGUUGCUCAGUAUGAUCCACUGUUAGAAAAACACCUACAAUAUGCCCGAGAAAAUCCAGGUUCAGUAUCUUAUUUAUCACCGCAAAUUUAAAAUGAAUGUAUCCACCUACUUGCAUUGACUGUAAGGAAUCAACUGUUGAGUGAAAUCAUAAAAAAACAAGUACUACGGUAUCUUACUUGACUCAACACCCGACUUAGGACACCGGGAACAGCUUUCUCAAGUCCUCAGAUUUGUGGAUGUGGAUUUUCAAACUAAAAAAGUAACCAUCAAAGAAUCAUUUUUAGGUUUUGUUCUGAUCCAUUCCAAAGACGCGGCAAGCCUUGAAAGAGUUAUCGUAGAGAAACUGGAAUCUGAUAACAUACCUCUAGCCGACUGUCGGUCACAAUGUUAUGACAAUGCUGCUGUAAUGACUGGGCAUAUAUCCGGCCUUCAACAGCGAAUAUGUGCCAGAAAUCACAGAGCAUUGUUUGUCAACUGUGACAACCACAGCUUAAACUUAGCAGGAGUACACUAUGUUAUGACAAUGCUGCUGUAAUGACUGGGCAUAUAUCCGGCCUUCAACAGCGAAUAUGUGCCAGAAAUCACAGAGCAUUGUUUGUCAACUGUGACAACCACAGCUUAAACUUAGCAGGAGUACACUCAGCUAAAGAGGAUCCAGUUUUUAUCACAUUUUUUGGAAGAGUUGAAAGUAUAAAUUUGUUUUUCUCUCGUUCAACAACUCGUUGGGAAGAAUUAAAAAGAUUUAUGCCAAUUACAGUGAAGAGGGAGUCUGAAAUACGCUGGAGUGCACGAUCAGAAGCUGUUAAAGCAAUUUAUGAAAUACUAGAUAAACUAGUAGGGCUGAUGGAAAAAGUAUCAGAAAAAAGAAGAAGAAGACUCAAACAGGAGAUAUCAAUACGGUUUUUACGUCUAAAAAAUUAAACACCAAAUUUGGAUUUUUAUUAGAAUUCAAAACUCUUCUCGCCAAGACAAAAUUGCUUAGAUUUUGGAAAUUCUACGACACUGACAUCAAUGGUCACGAAUUAUGCACAGAAAUCGGAGACUACAAAAUGCUGCUCAGUACCCUGACUGAAGUUCUACCGGAAACUCCUUUGGAUCUUCUUGGUUUUAUUGUUUCAUAUGGAGAUGACGUAUUUCCGAAUAUGCGCAUUUUACUGCAAAUACUUCUAACAAAUUGCUGUUUCUAUAGCAAGCUGUGAGCGGUCCUUCAGCAAACUGAAGCUUAUUUUGUCUUAUUGACGUGUUUCAAUGGGACAAGAUCGUCUGAGUGAUCUUGCACUUCUUAGCAUCGAAAGAGAUAAACUUGAGAAUAUUAAUUUUGACAACGUGAUUGGCGUGUUUGCGACAAUCAAAUCAAGGAGGAUCAAUUUGUUGUAGAAUAUGUCUAUUCCAGUCAUGUAUAAUUAGUAGAGUAUAUAUUUUUUUUCAAAUAAAUUGUUUACAAUCGUAUAGAGAAUUAUUAGUCUGUAAUAUAUUUCAUUAAAAUACCAGAUGCUUCAAAAAUGAACAAUAUAAACCGUAAAAUUUCAAAAUUUUCUUGGGGGCUCAGACUGAGGCCCCAGAUUCUGUCGGUCCGAGAAGGGGCGCUGACUUUGGGUCAUGUCCCUGGGCUUAUAUGACCCUAGCUACGCCACUGGCUAUGACCACACAAAAAUAUAAUAUUAUGUUUUACUGAUGCUAGAUAAAAAAAACAGAAAUUAAUAGUUUCUGUAAUAAAUCGAACAUAAACAUGCAAAAAAAAAACGAUAUUUGCUAUGAAAUUAGAAAAACCAUGAUGUGUCACAAUUACAGUGGGCCAUUGCCUAUCAUUGUGACAUAAAAAACAUUUCAUUCUGACAUUCUUGAAAUCAGUGUGUAGCACUGCCUGGCAUUUUAAAAGGACGGUCUCAGCUUACAGAAUGCCACUUAGGUGACACAGUUCCCCUUGUUAUUUCUCAGCUUGGAUGUUUUGACAGAAUAUUUUCAUGUAUAAAAGUUUCAAAUUUGCUUUGGGGUGGAAAUAACACAUAUGAAAAUGAAACCGCUAAUGUGCCACUAAACAUUAUAGAUACAUUCUUAAUUUAAUUUUUAUUUCAAAUCAAAAUUUCAAAAUUGUGCUUGGUGUACUCCACGUUAGAUGAUCAGAUUCGAUGCCCUUAUAUUUCAUACACACAAAGAUAUAUUUUUUACAGGCCAUCCCUGUAUUAACUAUAAAUCAUGUUAUGAACAUGCAUUAGGGACAAGGGAAAGGGGACAACAAAAAACAUACUCUCAAAACAAAAUCUAGGUUUACAAAACGUUUUCAAAAAAUACUUUUAUAGCUUAAUAUUUUAGAACUCAUAAUUUUAAAUAUAUUUUCUAUACCAAAUAAUUUUCUGCAUAAUGUCAACAUCAUCAUAUGAAUAUAAAAUGAAUUAUCAGGCCAAUAUGAAAAGAUAAAAUGAUUCAUGCUCACACAGAUACCACGAAUUUUACCUGGAAUUUCUUCUGAUGGUGUUCCCUGAUUAAAUUUAGAUGGUAUCAAAACUUAAAACAGGAUUGUGGAGGGUCUCAAUAAAGCACCUCCCUACCCCCAAACCCCCCCACCCCACAAGAAAACCUCCGUUAUCAUUAUUCCGGCGAUCCCCCCACCCCCCUGGCCAAACUUAAAAUACCUUUUAUGGUGUCCCAGAGAAUUCUUCUGAAAUGAAGAGACAGAUAAUGACAUGAAAGAAUGCACUGUUACUCUCUAUUGACAUGCUUGACAACCAGUCAUCAACUUCCCUUCAUUUGUGUUUUUUUUUCCUUAUUUGAUUAUUUUUAUUUGUGUUGUUACAAGAUCUAAACAUUCCUUUUUAAAAUGCCAGUAUUCUUCAAAUUCCUACAAUCUUUUUGAGAGUACAAAUGUUUUGGUUGUGGACAACGUAAGUUAUGUCUAUAAUAUAGAGCGUCUCCGUCUCCACAAUUUUCGUCUCCAGCAUAGACAGCUCCUGAUAAUUGUAUUAUUUUAUUUUUUUAAAUUUUUUGUUGUUUCUUUAUUUUUCUUGACUGCCAAAGACGGCCUCUGGUCAGAACGUUAUCCUGGGAUUAGUUUGUCUUUUCAUUUAAAACUUUUAACAUGUGGUACUGAAAUAUUACAUCAAGAAGUGGCGUCAGCAGGGCGAGUCUAGACUCUUAUGCCCCCCCCCAAAUUACCCCUCCCCGGUCCGACGUAUCGGGCCGCGGAGAACCGGGAAGAACAUGUGGUACUAAAAUAUACGAUUACACUUUUUUGUUUAAGCUUCAUAAAACUUUCUCAAAGUGUUAUAUUUGGGUUAGUCCAGAUUUUGUAAUCUUUUCAUUUUACAGUUGACAUAUAAUGCAUAUAUUGAAAUGCUCUACUGUAAAGUCGUAACAUUAUGUCGCCAAUCUAUACUUCAGAUCUGGUUGGUCUUCAAGUCUACUAUACAAAUGGAGCUUCACUAUACGAGAAAUUCAGGGCAUGCACUGAGAGCUUCAUAUGUGACAAGUCCUGCACAGAUAAGUUCAAUGGAUGUAAGCAGAAAUGGUUCUAUUGUUGUUUUUCCAAAGAAACAUUUUUUUUUAAAAAUAACUCAUUGACACCUUACAAUAAAUCUGUCGCAUUGAUUAAAGUGAACAAUGAAUUUCUUGAUCGAAAAUUUACUGGUGGACCACACUUCCGUUCCGUUGACACAACACAUUUUUGUAACGGUGAAAUUUCGUAACAAUAGACACCGUAACGGUGUGACGUCUUACUAGAUCUCUUAUUGAACAGCAGUGACACCGUUUUUUUUUCAAACAUGGUUCUAAAUUACAAUCAUUUAAUUCCUUACUUAAUCGAGAAAAAAAAAGUACUAAGCUUUAAUUGUGCACUCGGCAGAGAGACUCAUUUCCAAUUACAACCAAACUGAAUAAAAAAAUUUAACACAGCAAAGAAAUAUUUGCAGCUGAAGCUUUGCAUCGUUUUCAAAUGCACGUUAACGUUGAAGAUGUGGCAGCUUCAGUGCAUCUACUUUCGCCACUUACUUAUGGAAGUCAAAAAUGAAGAAUUUUCAUCUUUAUAUUAGCAAGUUUGAGGCUUUUAUCCGAAGCUGGGUAGUUAGUUUAAAAAAAGGAGUUUUUUAUCAAAGAAAUCAUUUUUUUUUUUUCAAAGUAAUUCCCAUCAAAGACUAGUUUAAAGAUUAAAAAAGAAGAACACAAUUUUAAAAUUUCAUAAAAUGCAUUACGAAAAAGAACGUUUGAGCAUAAAAUAUAUUUAAUGUUCGUCUACAUUCAGUUUCCAUCCUUUGGCUACAGAGAGCGCCAGGCAUUACUAUAUAUAUAUAUAUAUAUAUAUAUAUAUAUAUAUAUAUAUAUAUAUAUAUAUAUAUAUAUAUAUAUAUAUAUAUAUAUAUAUAUAUAUAUAUAAUAUUAAUAAUUGAUUAAACAAGGGAGAUCAGAAGCCAUGUUCGGAAUUAAAACAAAAUCCUUAAAAAAAAUUCGGGGUCAGAUUUUCCUUUUCGCAGCACUUUCCAAACCUAUAAUUAUUAUGGCAUAAAUAAUCACAAAUAUAUUUCUUCUAUUUAUUGAGUUUUUGUUUGCGUGGAAAGUUUUGUUGGGUGUUGCUAGGGCUCCAACGACCAAUUAUUUUAAUGGUGCUUUUCACGUUUUAUCGGUCACCGGUUCUUUUCUCCCCUUGUCCGUUGAAGCAUUGAUGUCCGUCAUACUGUUUGCAAAUAAGUAAAUAAGUAAGGAAACUUUUUUUUUUUUUAAUGGGUUAGAUGAAAACCUGGCAUUCACAGGCCAAAAAAAAAAUCAUUUUGUUUUGCAAUUCGUAAGUUUUUUUAAAAAAAGUAACACUUUAUCAGACUUUCCCUCUGUAGCUUCUGCUAGAGGUGAAAGUUGGCAUUAAUGUGUGCGCGAAAUAUUUGAUUUAAAACGUAGGAGCCAUCUACUUUCAAGUUUCAAUGAAUUAUAUAAUAAAUUAUAAUCAUCUAUAACUCUAUUUUAAAUAAGUGUUUCCUUUAUAUAAAUCUAAUUCAAAAGUUUAAAGUCCAAAUUCACAGGUCUACUUGUAAUUUAAAGAUUUUUUUUCAAUUUAAAUAAUGUAGGUUACUUUUGUAGAGGGGUUAGAAAUUUAGGCAAUCAGUAUGUUAAGACUGUGAGACAGUAAAAAAAUCUAAGAGAAUGCAGUCCACAGAAAAUAUUCAUGACACUGAAUUAUUUGAAUUUUUUACUUUAAAUUAUAAGGACUUAGCACACAAGGGUUAAUUAGACUAGAUAUUAAGAUUAUUUCGUAAAGAUUUUAAUAUCUUUUAGACUAGCUAUUAAAAUCCUUCAGACUAGAUAUUUAGAUCAUUUAGACUAGAUAUUAAGAUUGUUUAGACUAGAUAUUAAGAUUGUUUAGACUAGAUAUUAAGCUCAUUUAGACUAGAUAUUAAGAUUGUUUAGACUAGAUAUUAAGCUCAUUUAGACUAGAUAUUAAGUUCAUAUAGACUAGAUAUAAGAUUGUUUAGACUAGAUAUUAAGCUCAUUUAGACUAGAUAUUAAGAUUGUUUAGACUAGAUAUUAAGAUCAUUUAAACUAAAAAUUAAGGUCAUUUAGACUAAAUAUUAAGAUCAUUUAGAUCAGAUUUUAGGAUAAUUUUGACUAGAUCUUAAUAUCAUUUAGACUAGAUAUUAAGAUCAUGCACACUAUAUAUUAAGAUCAUUUAGAAUUGAUGGCAGAUUCAAAAUAUGUUUUAAAGCUAAAAUUGGCAAUCGAACACUCUAAGCACGGGUUCUGUUGGGUAACCAGUUAACUUCGGCGCGUUCGUUAAAUAUAGCAAUUAAAAUUUAGAUUGGUUUUAAUUUAAAAUAUUUAAAAAAAAAUAAUUAUUGAGUUUUAAAUAAAAAUACGCAAUAUUUGUAUAGAAAUCCAUUAAAUAUUAAUAAAGGUCACGGCAUCUUCGUCAGCUGUCAUAGUACAUCGUUAUUUACAUAACUGUAACAUUAACAUGUGCGACGCUUACAGUUAAUGAAGAAAAACUGAAGAAAAAAACAUAAAUAUGAAUUAGGUUCAUUUCUUUUCUAUGCGUAUUGAAAGAACGAUUAAUCGAAAUGCAAUUUUCUCAAAUUAAAAUUCUUGCUCAGACUUCUCUUGCACCAUUCAAUGCGUAUGAGAUUAAAAUGUGUUUGUUUUUGACGAUAGAUGCUGCUGACAAAGGAUGAAUAUAAACAUUAGGAAAUGGCGGCACAUAACCGUCCAGAUUAAACAACUUAAUGGUCUUCCCAAAGCUCACCCCCCCCAACCCAAUCAGCCCCAAAAGUACCCUUAAUCCAGCCGCGAACCAGUGAGUUGGAGAUCUCCUCCGCUAGGACAGACCCCGAUCGUAUCUACACCCGACUGACUUUCUUGACGGGGGCCAUCUCAACCUAAGGCUAUCCGGUCGGCCGGUGAUGUUAUUUUUUUAUUUAUUUCUUUUAAAUUUCAAAAUCGAUCGAACUGUUUAACUGUCUAACACGUUCUCCUUCUUUUUUAUAACCUUAGUCUACCAAAGAGAUCAAUACAUUACCAGCAAAACUGCAUUUAUUACUGACCAACAGAAAAAACUGGAUUUUUAUGUCAACUUUCGUUUCACUGGAGUGACGGAUAAAAAAUUGAAAUAUACGUGCUGUCAAAACUUGAUGCGAAAGUAAGUAUCAAAAGUUACCAAAGUAAGUAUCAAAAGUUACCAAAGUAAGUAUCAAAAGCUACCAAAGUAAGUAUCAAUAGUUACCAAAAUAAGUAUCAGUCGUUUCCAAAGUAAGAAUCAAUAUUUACCAAAGUAUCAAUAGUUACCAAAGUAAGUAUCAAAAGUAAUCAUUCCAGAGUAGUGUACGAUUAUUGCUUUAAAAGAAAAAUACGUGUUAACAGGUAGAUACAUGUAUUGAUUUAAUUCUUUUUUUUUUUUUUUUUGGCGUUAAUAGAACGAACAAAAUGCUUUGCAGGCAAAAGAUUGUUGGUUGAGAUGAUAAAUGAUACCAUUUAAAUCUACAUUCAAUACAAGCCACCAUUUUAGUCAUCAAUUUUCCUUGAAAUUGAUACUUACUGUUUUUAUAGCUGUAAUCUAAAGCAGGGCUUCUUACAGCCAUACCUUGGGUGGGGUGGGGGUGGGGGGUGCCUCCCCAGGGGAAAGUCAAGUGCACCCCCGGAGCAAAAUGAGUACAACAAUAUAACGAUUAUAUUUUUUGAUUAAAAAAGACUAAAUGGUCAAUUGAAAGAUUUUUUAAAAGGAUUGUAUCUGGAGCAUUUAACCGAUUACAAUUUGUUGAAUCUAUGAAAUAUCGCUACGUUUGAUUUAUUUGAUGAUCCGUAUAUAUAGGGCCAAUCUUGUUAAAUACUUACAGUAUUCUAUUAGAAAUAUUGUACUCGCCGCUCCUGAUUUCAAACCGAACGCGUACUUAACGUUGUUCGCACUUAACGGAGUUUUUAUUCAUUUAUUUUUUUGCAACUUCACAAAUAAAAAGACUUUAAUAACAACUUUAACUACCAAUACAUCAAUAUUUACUAGUUUAUUUAUUUAGGCAUUUUUUAUAGGGCUACCUUACAGCUCUAAGAGUUUUACCAUUAUUAAAAAUAUAAAGGUCUACUAGUCUAGUAACCGUUCUUGCUAAGUAUCAUACAUUCGCAAUUCAUUUUAAUUUAUUUAGUUAAUUAUAAAAUCAUUACAUUUAAAGUAGGGAUAUGUGUUAAGUUAAUCAUAAAUUGUGGGAUGAUAUUAGGCUGUAAAAAAAAAAUAGUUUAAUAUCAUUAUUAUAAAUGAACUCGAUUCCAUGAAUGUUUAGUUAUAUCAAAUAGAAUCUUUAAAAAUUGAGAUAUCUUUGUUUAAUUAAGAAUUUAACGGGCUCAUACAAAUGGUGCACAAUUCAUCAAAUAUCGAAGGCGUUUGAGUUUUCUUUAAAUUUAAUGUGCUCCUUUUGUAACAAAGUUUUCUGAAUAGCAGGUUUACAAAAUUAAUAAACUUUCAUUUAUUACAUUACCAAAUCCCUUUGUCCUUUUUAAUAUAGUAAUAUACAAACUGUCCCAUCUAGUUGCAAGGAGUUUCAAAAAAUUGAUAUUUCUCCUAGAUAAGAAUCUAUGGGAAUUUUUUUUUAAAAAGAAGUUUGUUUUAAAGACCAUUUCGAUUAUCAUGCCUAUUCCAUUUUUUUUUUUUUUUUGUUGGUACGCAUUUUAGAAAUUUUUUUUAUUUAUAAUUUCUCAAUUUAAAAUAAAUUCUGUAGAUUUUGAUAAUAAAACGUUUUAAAGUAUAACAACGUGGCAAUUUGGAAUUCAUCUGAAAAAUGUAUAGUUGUAAUUCAAAAUAAAAAUUUCAAUCAACUAAAUAUUAGGAAUUUUAUAUUUUAUUUUGUAAAAAAACUCAUGGCUUCUUUACAUAAUAAUGGCGUUCAUAUACGAUUUAAAAGAAUUACCAGCUUUGAGAACCCAUAAAAAUUUAUACAUCUUUCUAAUUUUAAUUUUUUUCUAGUUUUUGACUCUGGGUAAAUCUUGGAAAUAUUUAGCAAAGGUUAUUUUUACACGUAAGUUUAUUAUAAUAAGUAUUCUGUUCAUUGCGUUUAAGACAAAAAAUGAUUUAGGGCAGUGAUUUUUGUGAUGGAAUCCAUUUUUUUUCAGGCAAAAAAAAAAACAUAGUAUUACCUAUGUAGUUGAGCCCCAAAAAAGUGUUGUUUUUUUUUUUAAAUGUAAGCCAAAUUACUAUUAAGUAAUGUAAAUAAUAUUUACAUAACACAAGCAGGUCGAGCAGAGCCGUCGACUUUUCGAGGCCACAAUUGCCACUUUUUGCUUUUAUUCUCACCCACCUUACAUAGAGAGAUGUAUAAGGAAGAAAAUAUUCACAUCACAUCUGAAAUAUCCGAGGCCAACUGAACCCGUAAGGGGUUGCGGAGCUCACACAAUGCUUCUUAGGUUUAGUGUAAGGGGCUGCGGAGCUCACACAAUGCUUCUUAGGUUUAGUGUAAGGGGUUGCGGAGCUCACACAAUGCUUCUUAGGUUUAGUGUAAGGGGCUGCGGAGCUCACACAAUGCUUCUUAGGUUUAGUGUAAGGGGUUGCGGAGCUCACACAAUGCUUCUUAGGUUUAGUGUAAGGGGCUGCGGAGCUCACACAAUGCUUCUUAGGUUUAGUGACACCUACAUUUUCUUGAACUAAAAUUCUCUAAGUGUAGAAAGUAGCAAAACUAAAUUAAAGUAUUGACUAAAAUCAUUCUUGAAUUUAUCAAAACAUUUCUAGGGACUAUAAAGAUUUAAUUGUGCAAUAUUAUGCUAUUAAAAAUACAUACCCUUACGGGCACCAGACCUGGAAUGAAUUUAGUUUUUGUCCCGUUGGUGCGGCAUUAAAGUUGCCUUGAUCAUUAUCAUAGAUAAUUUUGGUGACUCCCAAGUGAACGUUUAAAAUGUCAAAUCCAAAAUAUUUGAAAGAAACACUGAAUUCAAGUAUUUGCCAAAAUUCCCCCCUUCAUUUUUUUUUCAAAACUGUCUACAGCACCCCCAAUUUCUAGACACCUUCCCCAAAUCUGAUCAAUUUUGGAGAUAAGCUUGUGCCAAACGAUUACCCUGGGGAACCCUUGGAGUGAAUUCACAAUAAUGCCUCUCCAGACCCUUAAAAAUUUCCUUCCCUUGAUCAAAAAGUCUAAUAGAAACACUGAGUUCAACUAUACUCUAAAAUGCUCCUCUUGAUUUUGAAAUAAUCAAACAAAUUCUGGGGAGAAAACCCCUUCACCGCUCACAAUUCCUUUUAACUACUUAAUUGUGCCUUUUAUCCCGUCUUGGGCAUAGGGCGUCUACAAGAAUGUUCCAUUUUCUCUUUCCGUUCUAGUAGCUUCCAUGUGUAUCCCAUAAUUUAUGUCUGCCAAUAGCUCACGUCUCCAUGUAUUUGUUGACCUUAUUGUCUGGUGAUGUUAUAUGUGGGUUUUCAGAUAGUGUUAUUUAUCUACAUCCAUAUAUUCCGUAUGAUGUCUUCAGCUAUAGGCUCCUUGUAUUUUCCAUAUAGUAAGUAUUUGUUGAAGAUGUUUUUGGCCAUUUUAUAUUUAUGAUCAAGUAUUUAUGAAGGUCUGUACUUUCUGUGUAUUGCUCGCUAUUUUUCUACACGCGCGGCUCCAUAUUGUAGAACUAUUUUGACAUUUGUGUUGAAAAACUGAUUAUGGUUUGAAUAAUCAGCUCCUUUUACUCACAUAUUUUCUUUGAUAGCACAAAUGCUGACCUAGUCUUUCUAAUUCUAGCCCUGACAUCUGCUUCGGAUCCACCAUUUAAGUCGAUGGUGCUGCCCAAGUAUGUGAAGGCCUACACGUUUUCCAGUGUAUUUCCUGCCAGAGAGAUAAUCUCCUGGUUGACUUAGUUUACCAUUGUGAUUUUCGUUAUGCUUUUAUUUAUGUUAAAUAAAAGCAAGAUUGAUCGACGCCCUCAAUUUCAAACCCUCAACCCGAUGAAAAUGAUCGAUAAUUUUGGUGACGAUAGAUACACUGCCUAGAAGCGUAGCUAAUGUUAUGGCCACCAUGGGGUCCAAAUAUUUUUGUCGCUCUCCCUUUCACUUCAUAAACUUUGCAGUUGUCCGAAAAUGCUGCAUCUCUGCAUGCAGAGAAAGCUACACCUGGGUGAACAGCCUUGCCCUCCUCCUUUCUAAGACAUUGUUAGCGGCGUAGCUAGAGUGUUUAGCGUCAGUGGCUAUGAUUCGUUUUUACGCUCACCCUCUAACCUGAAACUAAUAAUUGUUUUCAACUAUCAAACACCAUGAAAACUCAUUUUCUUGCCCUGCUAGUCUGGUGCACCGCGACUUAUGUCUUAACUGCUACCUAUAAGCUACGUCUCUGUGCACAUCCCACUUUUAACUGGCACUACCUCCUCCUCCUCCCCCACUCCACAAAAAAAAAAGAAAUCCGAAUGCCACACGGGGGAAAAUGUCUGAAAGAAACACUGAUAUAUAGCGACCUCAUCAUAGAAAGCUCAUUACGUGUGCUAAAACAAUGCACAAUAAAGGAGCUCAAGAAAUCCCAGAUGGACAAAAUUUAAAAAACACUUUAGAGGAGGUCACAUAACAUUACUGACAAUAUAAUAGCAUGAACCUCAUGUACCCACUGUAUAAAGACAUUAUGAUAACAUUAACCUCAUGUACUAACAGACUGAUGACAGUAUGAUAGCAUACACGUUAUGCACCUCACAUUCCUUGUGCUGUCUACGGAUACUAGUUGGCUUGAUAACAUUUAGCUCAUUUACCAACUAUCAGGUUACAAUAUGAUAAAAUUUAGCUCAUUUACCCACUGCCUGGUUUACAGUAUGAUAACUUUCACCUGAUGUAACGACUGCCUCAUGAUAACAGUUACCUCAUGUACCCACUGCCUGAUGAUAACAUGAUAACAGUUACCUCAUGUACCCACUGUCUGAUGAUAACAUGAUAACAGUUACCUCAUGCACCCACUGCCUGAUGAUAACAUGAUAACAGUUACCUCAUGUACCCACUGCCUAAAUAAUAACAUGAUAACAGUUACCUCAUGUACCCACUGCCUAAAUAAUAACAUGAUAACAGUUACCUCAUGUACCCACUGCCUGAUGAUAACAUGAUAACAGUUACCUCAUGUACCCACUGCCUGAUGAUAACAUGAUAACAGUUACCUCAUGUACCCACUGCCUGAUGAUAACAUGAUAACAGUUACCUCAUGUACCCACUGCCUGAUGAUAACAUGAUAACAGUUACCUCAUGUACCCACUGCCUGAUGAUAACAUGAUAACAGUUACCUCAUGUACCCACUGCCUGAUGAUAACAUGAUAACAGUUACCUCAUGUACCCACUGCCUGAUGAUAACAUGAUAACAGUUACCUCAUGUACCCACUGCCUGAUGAUAACAUGAUAACAGUUACCUCAUGUACCCACUGCCUGAUGAUAACAUGAUAACAGUUACCUCAUGUACCCACUGCCUGAUGAUAACAUGAUAACAGUUACCUCAUGUACCCACUGCCUGAUGAUAACAUGAUAACAGUUACCUCAUGUACCCACUGCCUGAUGAUAACAUGAUAACAGUUACCUCAUGUACCCACUGCCUGAUGAUAACAUGAUAACAGUUACCUCAUGUACCCACUGCCUGAUGAUAACAUGAUAACAGUUACCUCAUGUACCCACUGCCUGAUGAUAACAUGAUAACAGUUACCUCAUGUACCCACUGCCUGAUGAUAACAUGAUAACAGUUACCUCAUGUACCCACUGCCUGAUGAUAACAUGAUAACAGUUACCUCAUGUACCCACUGCCUGAUGAUAACAUGAUAACUUUCACCUGAUGUAACGACUGCCUGAUGAUAACAUGAUAACAGUUACCUCAUGUACCCACUGCCUGAUGAUAACAUGAUAACAGUUACCUCAUGUACCCACUGCCUGAUGAUAACAUGAUAACAGUUACCUCAUGUACCCACUGUCUGAUGACAGUAUGAUAACAGUUACCUCAUGUAACCACUGUCUGAUGACAGUAUGAUAACAGUUACCUCAUGUACCCACUGUCUGAUGACAGUAUGAUAACAGUUAUCUCAUGUACCCACUGUCUGAUGACACUAUGAUAACAGUUACCUCAUGUACCCGCUGUCUGAUGACAGUAUGAUAACAGUUACCUCAUGUACCCGCUGUCUGAUGACAGUAUGAUAACAGUUACCUCAUGUACCCACUGUCUGAUGACAGUAUGAUAACAGUUACCUCAUGUACCCGCUGUCUGAUGAUAGUAUGAUAACAGUUACCUCAUGUACUCACUGUCUGAUGACAGUAUGAUAACAGUUACCUCAUGUACCCACUGUCUGAUGACAGUAUGAUAACAGUUACCUCAUUUACACACAGUCUGUUAACUGUAUGAUAACAUUCAUCUCAAGUAAACACUGUCUGAUGACAAGAUGAUAAUUUUCAACUUAUGUACCCACUGUCUAAUGACAGUAUGAUAACAUUCUUAUCAUGCACCCACUGUCUGAUGACAGUAUGUUAACAUUCACAUCAAGAACCCAAAGUCUGUUGACAGUAUGUUAACAUUCACAUCAAGCACCCACUGUCUGAUGACAGUAUGUUAACAUUCACAUCAAGCACCAACUGUCUGAUGACAGUAUAAUAACAUUCACAUCAAGCAGCUACUGUCUGGUGACAGUAUGAUAACAUUCACAUCAUGCACCCACUGUCUGAUGAAAGUAUGAUAACAUUCACAUCAACAACCCACUGUCUGAUGCCAGUAUGUUAACAUUCACAUCAUGCACCCACUGUCUGAUGACAUUAUGAUAACAUUCACAUCAUUCACCAACUGUCUGAUGACAGUAUGAUAACAUUCACAUCAAACACUCACUGUCUGAUGACAGUAUGUUAACAUUCACAUCAUGCACGCACCAUCUGGUGGGAGUUUGAUAACAUUCACAUCAUGCACCCACUGUCUGAUGACAGUAUGUUAACUUUCACAUCAAGCACCCACUGUCUCAUGACAUUAUGAUAUCUUUCACAUCAAACACCCACUGUCUGAUGACAUUAUAUUAACUUUUACAUCAAGCACCCACUGUCUCAUGACAGUAUGUUAACUUUUACUUCAUUUGCCCACUGUCUGAUAACGAUAUGAUAACAUUUACCUCAUGUACCCACUGUCUGAUGACAGUAUGAUAACAUUCACCUUAUCGACCCAUUUUUUUACUGACACUAUGAUAACAAUGGUCUUAUGUACUUACGGUCUGAUGACAACAUUUUAACAUUCGCUUCAUGUACCCACUGUCUGAUAACAAUAAGAGUACAAUCACCUGUUACGCACUGUUGUCAGUUAGGAGAACUUAAUCUCUUAUAUCGUUAAUCGUAUGGCUCGUUCUAAAACAGUACACAACAAAAGACGAUGCCAUAUGUUAAAAACAAAUAAAAGAAUACUAUACUCAAACUAGGAGCUAAUAACAAAUGAUGAAUUUUACUAUGUUAAUUAUAAAUUACAUACUCAAAAAGAAAUAUUAUUAAAGCUGUUGAUUAACAGUAUAAUGAUUGAGAGUCGAAGAAUAUACAAUGUUAUAAAAAAUGAACAAUCAUGAAAAGGAAUCUACAGACACACACACACACAAAAAGUAAAAUAAGCCUUCAAGCGAAAAAGCACACGUUCAAAAUAACUCUAGUCAGUAGUCUCGUCUGUCGUUCAAACCUUCGUUUUUUAUAUAGCCUGUUUCUUUAGACAAUUCUAGAUAGGCUACGCAUUGUAUUCUCUUCCCGCUGCUUGUACAACAGUUUACAAAACUCGAAUCAUGAAACUGACCAUAGAUUUUGUUUGAUUGUAGCUGAGGUCAAAGAGAGACUUUAACUAGUAAUUUCCGCCUACUAAUAGAGCAUCCGAACAUGGGGUCAGCUUAAGUUCAUUCACCAGAAAGAUGAAUGAAAGCAAAUGGGGUGCCGUAACACACCUCGUAUACUGACUGUCUGAUAGCAAUUUGAUUACAAUCGCCUCGCAUACCCACUGCUGAGGACAAAAUGAUAACAUUCACAUUAUGUACCCACUGACAGGUAAAUAAACACAAUUUAAAUGGAUAUUAAUCAAUUUAAUCUUUGAUAACGUCAGGAAAUUUGAAUACCGCCCCAGGCCAGGAAAUAAUGACAGUGAAAUCUAUGUCGGUAUGGUUUCCCCAAUGCUCUUUGAAUCUCGAAUGACGCUUGAAAUGUCAGGACCUGUAGAUGCCUUACGAGGUAUUUAUAAUAUGAAACUGGAAAUUCAUAACUAAUCCCGUGCUCUACAAUAUAUUUAUAAUCCUACAACGUGUGUCCCUACCCAUUGUAUUGUGACCACGUCACAAGACAACGGUGCCGAUUUGGAACGUGCCAUACUCAAAUGUAAAGGCUACAAACGGUGGACGGCAAAGCUGAUAUCAUUAGAUGAUCCAAUUUGCUCGAAAAGAUGGUCUAAAAAGUUUGAGGUAGAAGGCGAUAUAGAGCACAAUGAGACACUAACAGUUGUCCACUUAAUCGUUGCCUUUUUACCGUCAUUUCCCUCGUCAUUUAAUAAAAAUUAAAAAAUUGGCAGCGAAAGAAGCCCCAGCAUCGACCACGAUUAUCCUUGGUUUUGGAAACAGGCGUCAAGUUAAAAUGAAAACAAAAACUCAGACAAAGACUCACAAGACUAAAUACAAGUUGUGCAAUAUAAUCGAAACGCUUUUAAAUGUAUUUGCAUGAAUAAUAAUAAUAAGCUUAGCUUAUGUAUGAAGCCAUGGCAAUCACUAUUUGCUACGUAGGCGCCACGCACGUGUGUUUGAUCAAAUCGUAACAAAAUCCAAUCUUUAAAAGAAAAAUGAUUUAAACAUAUAUUUUUCUUUUUUAAUCGUGAAAUAAAUAAAUGUUAGUCUGGUUGUUGUUUAUAUUAAGUUUAGCAAGUAUUUAUUAUUUCAAGAACGGAAAAUAAAUUACAUGUGAAAUACGUGUCUAUAAAAAACGUUUUAAAUUUGAAUUUUCAAAAGACGAUAUCUGCAUAAAGACGAUACCAUCCAUUUCAUUGAAAAUCAUCAACUCGAAAUAAUGUUGAAAUUUUUGUCCUUACAGAAAACGACACUUACUAUUCUGUGGUAAUAUUUGAUAUCGAUGCCCUAGCCUGCCUUCCCGGACCAUAUAUGCAUCAUGUCAUUGCCAACUUGGAAUAUCCAGGUGAGCGGAAAUAAUAAUGAGCAGAAAAUUUAACUAAAAGGACUGCAUUCAAUUCUAGUGAAUGGAUGAAAUAGCAAAACGAGGUAUGUGGAAGCUUGAAUUAGAGAAGAUGACAAAAAAAAAGGACGUUUCUGCAAAAAGCCUUCUUCAGCUAACAGUAGAAAUGAAAAUAUAAAUUUAUAUACUGUUUUCAAUAAAAAUUAUAUAUACUGUUAUAUAUUUUUGAAAUAUAUGUAUUUAUAUAUAAUGUUAUGCCGAAACAUCCUUAUUUUUUUCUUUCCUUUUCUCUAAUUCAAGCUUCCACAUACCUCGUUUUGCUAUUUCAUCCAGUAUUAAUGAGAUAGAUUAUUGCCAUAUCACCGGCCGGUAUUAAUGAUAUCUAACAUAUCCAAUGAAUGGAACAUUGUAAUAUCCAAUAAAUCCAGGAUAGUGGAUGGUAAUAAUAGGAUAUAAUCCUGUUGACUUUGGCACAAUUCACAUAUACGUAGUUGAAGACAUAUAAACACCCGUACACGAAGACAAACAUAAUGACCAACUUAUAAUUAUUUUUUCUUGUUCAUUAAUUAAAGGAAGAUUAUUUGUUUUAAACUGCCGUGUGCUGAAAAUGUGGUCUAAAUUUUAUUUGGAAAAUACUCGAAAGCAGAUUGUAAGCGGAGAAUCUCACGCUAAAAGAAAGUGUUAUUUUGACCAGCCAAUUAAAGGAGGAAUGUGUUGCAGGAUAAGAUGCGAUGCCUACUCUCUACUGAUAGCGACGUGACAUAGUUUGGAGGAAUGUGUCAUAGCACAAGACGCGAUGGCUAGCGAGAUGAAUGAUUUUGGACGAAUGUGUCAUAGUAUAAGACGCGAUGCCUACUCUCUACUGAUAGCGAGAUGAAGUAGUUUGAAGGAAUGUGUCAUAGCAUAAGACGCGAUGCCUACUCUCUACUGAUAGCGAGAUGAAGUAGUUUGAAGGAAUGUGCCAUAGCAUAAGACGCGAUGCCUACUCUCUACUGAAGCAGUAAAGUUAACGACUGAAACAAACUACAUUUUUAAAUGUCUGAAUACAUCGUGCAGUCAUCUUACAUUUGUUCUCAGUAUUCUCUCGUAUGGGAUUGAUUAGUAGUCCAACUAUGAGGGUAUCGUAUCUAACUAUGUGAGAAUUGACUCCAUCUAUGAGAUUAUCGAAUCCAAUUAUGUGAGAAUUGACUCCAACUAUGUGAGUAUCGAGUCCAACUAUGUCAUCAUCGAGUUCAACUAUGUUAGCGAAAAGAUCAGUUGUGUGAGCCUUGAGUCCGAGUACGUGACUUUCGAGUCCAACUAUAUGAGCAUCAAUUUAAAGUAUGUGAGCAUCGAAUCGAAGUACUACAGCAUCGAGUCCAUCAAUACGAGUUUCGAGCGUAAACUCUACAGCUUAAAAUACGCGACGUAAGUUAGGUAUUAGAUUGAACAUUUAACAAAUCAGUUAGGAUUCUGAAAUAUUCCCAAUCUCGUAAGAUGCAAGCAAAGACAUCUGUUACAUUUACAAGAACUGAUGAAAGAAGGCAAAAUGUGAAGGUUUAUAGAACAAAAAUCAUUCAUUAUGGUCUCAAAAUACCCGGACCCGAAGUAAAAAAAAAAAACUUCCACCCCCCUCCCCCCCACGGUUAAGCCCUAGUAAGAUAUUUUUUUGGAAAUAUAUAGAUACAUUUUUCAAAAACACAGUUCUUUUAUUUAACUCGGUAGACUUAGUUUGGCUCUUUUUCAGGCCGACAUCUUGAAAUGCAAAACUUAAAAAAGAAUGAUUACGUACCUCCAUGGCCUGGUGGUGAAAUAACUCACACCUAUCUCAUUAUUCUGUAUUCACACAAGGAAGAGAUGUAUAUGCCAGGGUAAGUAUGGAAAAUGAAUUAUUGUCAAAGACGCUACGCCACGCAUAGUUUAUUCUGAUGCGUCUAGAUUCCUUUACAUUCACUCAAACCAUGUGCGUGCGUACGUGUGUGUGUAUGUAUGAGUGAGUGCAGUGCUUUUUUGUAACAAGAAAAGUGCCUGUAGUGACGUCUUUUAGUUGUCAUUCACUACGACGACACGCAACAGGGGUGAGGGGCUUACGAUUUUAUGACCAACUAUUAUGAUGGUGUCUAUAUCACGUGAAAAAAAGUGUGACGAUUUUUUGGGUUUGGGGGGGGGGGAGUUGGCGCAAAUGCGGUAGAAAUGGCGUGACGUCAUUGGUCCCUUAUUUUACAAUAUAUAUUUAAGUAUAUAUAUAUUCCAUCAUAGGUCAUUUAUAUGUGUUGUUUUGAUUUGCUUCCCAAUAUCAGAUUACAACUAUUAUGAUGGUGUCUAUAUCACGUGAAAAAAAGUGUGACGAUUUUUUGGGUUUGGGGGGGGGGAGUUGGCGCAAAUGCGGUAGAAAUGGGGUGACGUCAUUGGUCCCUUAUUUUACAAUAUAUAUUUAAGUAUAUAUAUAUUCCAUCAUAGGUCAUUUACAUGUGUUGUUUUGAUUUGCUUCCCAAUAUCAGAUUCAGAAAUAUUACCAAGUGUUAUUUUUGUGUGUUCUUCUGGACGAGUGGUUGAGAAGUAACUGGUUUUUUUAAUGAUUUUUUUCACCAAUAUGCUACGCUGGACAGGGUGAUUUAAGUAAAGGUGGACCAAACAUAUAAUUGACAAAAGUUAUUUACAAAAUCAGUUAAAAAAGAUUCGUCAGUACGCAUUUCGGGUUCGCUCUACGAUUAAAAAAAAGACCUUUAUUUAUGUAUAUAGUUUUAUAAAUAUAUUCUUAAAUAUAUUUGUAUUUAUAUAUAUUUACAAAACAAUAUGUUACUUUUGUUUAACUCAUGUAAUCAUCUCGUACCCGAUGGGAUCCUGUUCGCCGUUGCAAUCCCGAUUCCCGGUGGAAUCGCAUUCCCAUUGGGAUCAAAGUCCCGGUGCUAUCCCCUUUCCUCGCUAUCCCAAUGGCCUGGUGAGAUCUAGUUCCCUGAAAUAAUAGCGUUUCUCGGUUGGAUCGCUUUUCAAUAAGAUUUUAGAUACCACAAUUUAUCCCAGUAGAUUUAAUGUAUUACCCCCACCCCUUUAUUUUUUAAGCCCCAGAACGAUGUUACAAAUUAAUUUUCUACAAAAUCAACUUUUGAAUACGAAAAAAUCUGCAUCAAAAGAUAUUAAUUGUAACCAUUUUUAACUUAAGUUUUAUGAAAGUGCCAUAGUGGGGGAUCAUUUCAAAAUUUUCCGUUUUAGUUAUGACCCGAAUGAUUAAAAAAGGAAUGAUACUUAUUUAGUAAAAAUUUUAACAUUUGUAUGGUUAAAAUCAGUUGCAAAAGUACAGGAGUUCUGGCCUUUUAAAAUUAUCGAGCUCUGUAGAAAGUUCUGUGAGCCUCGAAUUGACUGGACACUUUUAAAUCCAACAAUAUUUCAAUAAAAACUGUAAAGUGUAUGAGCUAGAUCAGGGGUCAGGAACUCUUUGAAUGAUAAGAGAGCCACAUCUUCGUCAACAUAUAUGAAAUGAUUACAAGAAAGUAGGGUUUAACCUGGAAAAAGGAACGCAACAAAGGUGUCGGCAGGAAGCCUUUGUCAACGAAAAAAAACAACAGAAAAAACAAGAUAAAAUUAAAAUUAAAAAAUAGCACUUAGCUUAGAAGUAGUAUCCGAGAGGGCAGCAAAUGAAUUGUGACAGAAAGUAAGUGGGUGCGAGAUCAAAUAAGAAGAGAGAAAGAAAAGAGGAUAAUUAAGUCCACUACGAUAGCUCGGGACAUGGUGGGGUGGAGCUGGUUUCAAGCUGUGAAAAGAGACAUGACGUUCAUACCAUGUGGUGUCAAUGUGGUGCCAUAGGUCAGGAUAAGCUUGUGUUCCAAAUUCACCCAGCUGAUUGUGUUCGUGCUAGCCACGAUCGAACAUAUUGAAAAAGCCCUGUUGGUCGUUACUAUUGAAGUGUUUCGAGACAGUGCUUGUCAAAUAUCUUUUUUGUUCGUCCGUCGAAGAUCGACGUUGACCAUCGAGUCGUCUGGUGACUGAUGACUUGCGCGAUUGACUUUUGUUUAAAGCGAGGAAGAGUUGCGCGGCGUCAACCUCACUCUCUCAUCCGGGCCCACCAUAUCCAGUGGCAAGACUCUACGUCAAGAUGAACAGGGAUGGGUACGGCUGAAGGAAUUGUCAUUGAAUGCGCCUUACGGGACUCCAACUCCGGAUUUGAAUUCAGAGUUUCCUUCUCUUAGAUGAGUUGCCCGGGGAGAUGUUUUUGCUUGACCGGCCUUUGGCUGGAAUUGAACUCCAGACGAGGGCAUCAAGGGGGCAUUAGGACCAAACGCUUUAAAAAUGGCUCCCCUCAAGUCCAAGAAAAGCCAAGUUGUCAUAAAACCAAUCGAUCGAAUUCGGCUUUGGGUUGAGCAUUAUCUUGAACUAUACGCAUCAAUGAAUGUAGUCACUGAUAUUGCUCUGAAUAACAUUCCUGUCUUUUCAAUAAUAGAAAAAAUAGAUGAAUAAGCAAUUAUGUAGGAACUCGAAAAAGCAAGUAUUGAUUACCUUGCUGACGAUAAGGCUCCAGGGAUUGACGGAAUUCCUCCGGGAUUCCUCAAAAUUGAAAAUCUAUCCUAAAAAAUAGCUUCAAUGAGGCCUGUGCGCUCAACAUGUUACUAUAUGGCUGGGAAGUGUAGGCCACAUAUACCAGUUAGGGGCGAAACUCAACAGCUUCGAUCAAAGAAGUCUUCAUCGCAUUUAAUGCAAUCGAUUGCAGAACUGGGUGUCUAACACGGAGGUCUUGGAGCGUGCAAAAAAUUCGUAGCAUAUUCUCAGCUAUUAGCAAGAGGCGCUUCCCUAGUUAGGUCAUGUAAGGAGAAUGCAAGAAGGCCUCAUUCCAAAUAUUCUGCUGUGUGGAGGGUUGGCAGAAUGGUCAAGACUGAUAGGCGGCUGCUGUUUAAGGGCAUUUGCAAAGGAGCACGAGGGAAGCAAACAAAGAUAACUGGAAAGAGAUCAUCACUGAGCAUUGUUCCAGCUGGCGAACAGCAGUGUGUGAAAGGGUAAAUACAAAAAGACAGAGGAUUGCGCGAAACUAAUACCUUGCAACAAUAAGAGCAUUGCGGAGAACCAAGUCUACCCAGAAGUCAAGGUUCUACUACGAGAAAUGCAGCAGAGACUGCCACAUCAGGAUCGGCUUAGUAAGCCAUUUGAUAAAGUGUACAUUGUCUCCCGAAAACUGAAAGAUGCCAUGGAUGCACAGUAGAGCAUCAAGUUAUCCGCAAGCCGAUUAUCCAUGGCACGGAGCAUUAGUGUACAACAAAUACCGGUAAAUUAUUUCGACCCCGGUCGUCAAAUCCAUUCUCUCACGUAUAGUUUGGGGCCAUUGAAACCGGUACGUCUUUAGUAAUCGAACGUGUGGUCUUGUCGUAAUCGCCUGCGUACAUCGAAAGUUGUGUCGACCCAGAUUUUACCAGAAUUUUUUGACUCACGUGAAGACAGUUACGCAUCUGUUGAUUAACAAGAUAUCUGCGCUUACGCCAUUCACUCACAGAGAACGUUCGCAACAUCAUACGACGCGAUGAUUCGGGCCAGUAAUCGGAUUAGGUUUAUAAAGACUUUUGCCUGAAAGUAUUGUGUCCAGAUGCAUUUGUCAAGAAUGUGUUGGGGGGGGGGGCUAAAAAGUGCUAAAAAUUCACUUUUAAAAAAAAUUACGUUUAUUCCCUUAAAUCCACUUAUAAGAUUAUGCGAAAGUAUGAAAAAACAAAGAAAUUUUAACAUUUGCCUUAUUUAUAGUCUCUUUUAAAAUUGAAAAUACACAAUUCAUCGUUGUUGUUUUUUUAAAUCACUUUGAAUUAUAAUAAUUUUUAUAAUUGACAAACGAAUGGCAUCAGUGAAUUGGCGUCAGCGAAGUGGCGUCAGCGAAGUGGCGUCAGUGAAUUGGCGUCAGUAAAGUGGCGUCAGUGCAUUGGUGCCAGUGACGUGGCAUUAGUGAAGUAGCUUCAGCGAAUUGGCGUCAGUGCAUUGGCGUCAGCGAAUUGGCGUCAGUGAAUUGGCGUCAGUGCAUUGGCGGCAGUGACGUGGCAUCAGUGAAGUAGCUUCAGCGAAUUGGCGUCAACGAAUUGGCGUCAGUGAAUUGGCGUCAGUGAAUUGGCGUCAGUGCAUUGGCGUCAGCGAAUUGGCGUCAGGGAAUUGGCGUAAGUGCAUUGGCGUCAGUGCAUUGGCGGUAGUUACGUGGCAUCAGUGAAGUAGCUCAGCGAAUUGGCGUCAGCGAAUUGGCGUCAGCGAAUUGGCGUCAGCGAAUUGGCGUCAGUGAAUUGUCGUCAGUGCAUUGGCGUCAGCGAAUUGGCGUCAGUGAAUUGGCGUCAGAGUACUAACUCCAAAUUAUAAAAAAUAAAAAAAAAAUAUUAAAAUGUUCCGAACUUCAUUGAACAAAUCAGUAGGUUUUCAAAUGUUAAGGGAAAUUUAAAAAGGUAAAAGCUGACUCUCUACCAAUCUAACCAGUAAACGACGGGAAGAUGUGAUGAACAUUGUUUGUUUUUAAAAUUGUACUUUGUCAUUUGUAUACCAAUUUUUGCAGCAGAGCUCCUCCCAUAUACAAUUGUUAUCAUAAUCUUAAUUACUUUGCAUAAAACACAUUUUACAUCUUUUAAACGUCUCGAAAUAUGUGUGUAUCUUAAAUUAAAUAUAAUCAUUAAAAACUUUCAUGUGAUCUGCCUUAAUUAAUCUAUUAAGUUUUUAAGUUGUUGGUAAUCAUCUUAAAAAUCAUUUUUUUUUUGAAGUAUAUAGAAAAAUAAGUCUAGUAAAAAAUAAUAAUUUUGAUUAAUUAUAAGGUAAUUCGUUCCGAAAAUAUAUUAACAGGCCCUAAAACAAAAUUUUGCGUAUGAAUCAUUUUUAUGCAUUUGUAUUUGUAUGUGUGUAACUGUAUGUGCUUUAUCAUUUAAGGGAUUGUAGCAACUGAUUUUUUGGAUGAUAAUGGUUUCUAUAAAAUAUGUAAAACCAAAUAAACUAAAGAUAUAUUUUAAACACAAAUACGUCAUCAAUGCAAAGCAUGUAGGAACGGCUACACAAUUAAUAUCCACACCAAAACAAGCGACUAUUGAACAAAUCGUAGUUCAUACAUCUUCCCUUUGAAAAACAGAAAGAAAAAAACCCGAGGUCUGGGGGGGGGGGGGGGGGGUUGUGGGGGUGUUUGCGGUGGGGCUGAAAAUACGUUCGAAUGUGUUGUCACCUGAAACAAGUCUAUUUGCCAUUUCGUUAGGAUGACGGGAAGUGGGUCCGUUGGCUUUCUUAAGAUUUUACCCCAAACACACGAAUGAAAGCGAAGUUAUUAUAACUCAAUCAAUCCCUGUGGCGUUACAGCCAUUGGAGGGCUUUGGCCUGCCUCACUACCUCCUUCCGCUCAGACCUAACUAAUGCUUUUCUUUUCCAUGCUUGGAUUCCCCGCCGCAGUAGAUCUUUUUCCACCAUAUCCAUCCAUCUAAGCCUAGGUCUGUCUUUGAGCCGCUUUCCUCUGGAAUUUCGGUGAUGCACCCUCUUCACUACUCUCUCCUUUUGCAUUCUUUCUAAGUGUCCUGCCAAGCGUAGCCGACCCAGACCUGUUUACCCUUCAACUCUUAAAAUCGUACAAUAUCAUCACAAAAUCGUUCAGUACAUUAUCUUAAUAGUAAAAAAAUAAACAUACAGUAUAUAUAAUGUAUACAUCUUAAAAUCGUACAUUGUACACCAAAAUCGUACAUUGUACACCAAAAUCGUACAUUGUACACCAAAAUCGUACAUUGUACGCCAAAAUCGUACAUUGUACACCAAAAUCGUACAUUGUACGCCACAAUCGUACAUUGUACACCAAAAUCGUACAUUGUACGCCAAAAUCGUACAUUGUACGCCAAAAUCGUACAUUGUACACCAAAAUCGUACAUUGUACACCAAAAUCGUACAUUGUACACCAAAAUCGUACAUUGUACACCAAAAUCGUACAUUGUACGCCAAAAUCGUACAUUGUACACCAAAAUCGUACAUUGUACACCAAAAUCGUACAUUGUACACCAAAAUCGUAAGAGUAAACAGGUCUGCCGACCCUUUUUUUUAUCCCUGCUACUAUCGUGGUAUGCCGAUAUAGACUGUACAAUUCCUGGUUGGUUCGUAUUCUCCAUCCAUAUUCAUCCUUUGUUCGUCCAUAUAUUUUCCUGAGAACUUUUCUCUCCAAUGUGUUUACCCGGUUUUCUGCCGUUUUUGUUAGGGUCCAAGUUUCAACCCCUCUGAUGACAGUUUUAUAAAUAGUUCUUUUUUUUUUCUUUUGUAAUGUUUUUACUUUUUAGUAUUUUCUGACUCCUGAAGUAUACACCCCUUUGUCCGGCUGAUAUUCUUUCUUUUCUUUCUGUUAGUAAUUCGUUUCUUUCAUUCAAUAAAGAUCCUAGGUAUUUGAAUUGAUUUACUUUCUCAUGAGUCCGGUUUCUAAUUGUAAUCGCUUCAUCUGUCUGUUCUCUUAUCAUAGUCAUGUAUUUUGUUUGUUUUUUUUGGUUGUUACCCUAAGGGAUUUAAUUAUAUUUUUUUAAACUAGAAAUACAUUUUUUCCGCAUAAAUCCUUUCAAUGCAUGGAGAGACAGUUAAUUUGGUCCCGGUUACCCGUGCCCCCCACCCCCACUCCAUUUAUUUACCCCCACGAGAGUUCACUGAAAACGUCAUUGGUUCCAAAGAUUGCUUAUCCUUUAGUUCUACUUGAACGAUGCAAAUUGUAAUGGUUGAUUUUUUUUUUUAAAUGUUUCUAUUUUUAUUUCGUUUGAUGUUUUGCCAUGGUUUAAGCAUUUCCUAGUCAUGAUAUAAACUCAAAGACAUUGCAAUUUAAAAACAUUAAUAACUUGGAAAUGAAACGUGGUUUAAUGUGGAACGCCAAUAACUUCCACCGGGAAGAUUUGGUUUUCGGGGUGGUGCGUAGAAGUAUAAAACUAGCUAUUUUCUGAGAUUUUUUUUUUAAUUUACAGCUGAAAAGAAAUUGAAAUAAAGUAAUUGUGGUGAUCUGACUUAGGUUUUACAUGUGAGUAGUAUCUCGCGUAUGAGAUAUCCUCGUGGCACUCUGUCUAGGGGAUUAAUCUAAUUUAAGCCAAAUUACCACACAAACAUAAUAAUCUAUCUAUAUACAUAUAGAGUGAAACGAAGUCUUUGUUAAAGGAGAAAAUAAUGGCAAGGAUUUUUUCACUUAGGGUAUUUACAUUAACUCCAAAUAUUUGCUACACCUCUUCCUCCAUGAUACGUCACUGCACACUUUUUAUUUCACGCCCAUGAACUAUAUUAAUAUUCUCAUAUCCGAACCACUUUUAAACCGAAAAUUUUCUACACAAUACUUAAACUGAGACGAUUUCAUUUCCGAAAAGAGAAUAUUACGCACCAAACGCAAUUGCGUUAUUAUAUAUAUAUAUAUAUAUAUCAUUUAGCAUAGUUAUACUGAAUCAUAUUUUACGCGCUAAUGAACUCAUUAUUGAACCACACUUUGCCGUAUCUAUAAAUAUAGCCUGCGUGGUGUUUGACCCGUCUUGUUUGACCUUUGCUGGCGAAUUAUAUAUAUAGAUAUAUACAAAAUGGAAUACUGUAAAAUUAAGAUUUUAUAUUAAUGCAAAACAAGUGUCCCAAAAAUAAUGAUAAUGUCAUCAUUAUAAAUGCUAUAUGUGCUAAAGAUUAUAUGUUCAAUCGAUGUGGACUUAGCCUUUAUAGUUCCACUGUUGAUCUCGACGGGUCAACAAAUGUGGGAGUUUCUUCUGUUCCAAAAAUGUGUCCUCCGUUCCUGUCCUCGGAGCUUUUCAAAGCGAAGUAGGCGUUCCCGGUCUUAGAAUGCGACAACGUCUUGUUCCAAGAGGUUAGGGCAGCGGUUCUCAACCUGUGGGUCGCGAUCCCUUCGGGGGUCGCCUAAGACCAUUGUAAAACACACAUUACCGAUGCUGAUGGUCUUAGAAACCGAUUGAUUUGGUCCAGAAAAAAAAAACAGAGAUGUCAAAACAUUUCAUUAUAAUUGGAGACGAAGUUUUUACGAAACUGAGUGCAAUUUCCUUAUCUAACGACAAUGUCCACAGAAGAACAGAUGACAUGUCUGUUGAUAUUCUUGAUCAUGUAUUUCAAGAAAUAAAAUCUUCUCCACUUCCAAUAUUUGGUAUCCAGCUUGGUGAAUCUACAGACGUUGCAAUCUGUUCCCAGUUACUUAGUUAACUUGAGGUAUAUUAAUGAUGGCGACUUUAAAGAAUGAGUUUAUUUUUCGCACACCUCUUGAAAUAUCAACUACUGCACAUCAUUUGACGCAGUUGGUUCAUUUCUGAAAGAUCAUAAGAUCUCUUGGAAAAAGGUUUGUGGUGUUUACACAGAUGGUGCUCCAGCUAUGCUAUGAUGUCUAUCAUAAGAUAUCUUUGGGAAAAAAUGUUAUGGUGUUUGUACAGAAGGUGCUACAGCUAUGCUAGGGUGUCGCUCUGGAUUUCAUCGUUUGAUACUGAAUGAGUUACCAAAAGUCAUCGGAACACACUGAUUGAUUCAUCGGCAAAUAUUAGCAACGAAGACGCUGCCACAAGAGUUACAAGAAGUAAUGAAAAGCGUCAUAAGAUCUGUCAAUUGUGUAAAGGCGAGCACUUUUAACAGUCGACUGUUUUCGCAACUGUGCAACGCGUUGGAUGCGCCGAACAACGCUCUGCUGUUUCGCACUGAAGUAAGUUGGUUGUCGAGAGGAAAAAUUUUAAAACGUGUUUUUGAGCUUCAUGGUGAACUCAAAACUUUUUUAAAUCAGAAAGCAAGACCGCAGUUCAAAGCUAUUUUAAUGAUAAAAGUGAACUGCAGAAAAUAGCUUACUUGGUUGACAUCUUUGACAAUCUUGAAUGAGUUAAAUUUAUCACUGUAAGGACCAAAUGAAACAUGCUCCAAUUUGUCUUAAAAGAUUCGAUAGUUUAAAUUUUAAUUUCAGCUUUGGCAAAAUAAAAAUUGGAUGAAAAUAUAAUUUACAUGUUGCCUCUCUUAUCUGGUUUCUUUGAGGAACAUGACAUUGAACCAGACAAAAGGGUUACGAUGAUAAAUUCUGUGAACACUUUCAUAUGCUUGCAGCCGAUAUUUCUUCGUACUUUCCAAAUCUGACACCCCAUUUGCACUUGCCAGAAUUCCAUUCACAGUCAAAGUUGAAGAGGAGUACAUUGAACUUUUUAACAGCGAUGCAGUGAGAACUGAUUUCUCUACAAUGUCAGUUACAAAAUUCUGGAUCAAGUUUGUGCAGUCAUAUCCUGUUCUGACUGAGACUGUGUUGCGCCCUCUUCACCCAUUUCAUGCAACAUAUCUUUGUGAAACAGCGUUUUGCAGCUUGCUGGUAUUCAAAUCUAAAAAAAAAAUCGACUUGUUGUGGAAGAUCAUCUUCGUUGUGCCCUUGCAAAGACUGCCCCGAGCAUUUCUGAACUGGUAAGAAAGAAACAAUCUCGAUCUUCGCACUUACGUUGGCUUUUUACGCAUACUGUCGCAAGAUGUAGCAAAGUAGUUUACUGUUGUUAUAUUAAGACUGUUACCCAUGCUACACCAUGUUUCAAGACAAAUUUGCAUUUAUUUAUAAUUAGAAAUUAAUAUUUUAAACAAUAUUAUUACUUAGUGUUUUUUUGUGAUUAAUCACCAUGCUUCAAUUAUGUUCAAUUCGUAACAAUGAAGAUACAUCCUGCAUAUCCGAGAUUUACAUUACGAUUAAUAACAGAAGCAAAAUUACAGUUAUGAAGUAGCAACGAACAUAAUUUUAUGGCGUGGGGUCGCCGCCACAACAGGAAGAACUGUAUAAAAGGGUCGCGGCAUUAAAAAGGUUGCGAACCACUGGGAUAGGAUCUAGGUUGCAAUUAAUGAUCACGCUAAUGAAAUCCUAAGUAUGUUCGUGUACUGCGUUCACCCUCAAGUGAUAGAAUCUGAAAACACAGAUUCUAUUCUACAAUUGCUAUUUAUUGAUGUCGGGUGAUGGUUUAAAUUGGGUGGUUGACAAGUUGUAUGAUGUCCCAAACAAUGACAAUCAGUCUAAUUGUACGGGUUCGACCUUCUACCCAGAAAGUUUAUAGGGGAAGGGGGGGGGGGGGGGUGGAUAGAAAAAAUAACGAUUUUGCGAAGCUGUCGGGAUACAAUAACAAGGGAAAUUACUCGGUCUAUCCAACUGCAAGGGCAAAAUUGGGGGGGGGAAAAAAGGGAGAGGGAGUAUUUUACAAGGGCAAGUUUGCAGGUGGAGAAAUUUUAUAAUGUCCAGCCCCAAAACAUCAUAGUAAUGUAUGUUUAAAUGUUUCUUUUUUUAGUUUAGCUGCCUGUGGCAAAGAAGUGGAUUAUUCCGAAAGGUACGCGGAUGCCCGUUCUGUAUCUUGGUUUCAAUCUUCAAAUUCUAAAGGUAGAACACAUUCUAUAAAUUUGUUUCAUUUGUUUUAAUUAAUAUUAUUAAUGGUGUUAAAAUAUUGUGGGUUUUUUUGUUUGUUUUUUUGGCAAACCCAUUAUUGGUUUUAUAAAACUGGCUUUGAAACCAGUUACGAAUUACAACAAUCAAGGUUAGAAGCAAGCAUGAACGCAGAGGGACAGCGUUUAUGUACUUUUGUUUUUGCUUAUUAAUAAAUACAUUUUCGAGGCGGUGGGAAGGUGGCCCUUAGGUGAGUUCCCAAUCCAUUUCAACAAGGACUUGACACUGUUUGCAAUGCAUUCCAAAAGGAAGGCUUAUAGUUAUGAUGCUAGUUUUAUAAUUUGAAGCUAGAUUAUUAGAACUUUAAAAAUUUUGAUAAGCCAGCUUCAUAGGUAAAGAAUGCUAAAUUUUGUGACGCAUAUUAUCUAUUGAAGCGUAACUGAUAAACACCGUGACAAGCCUAUAACGAACGAUACGUGAUACUAGUGGGUAGUUAUAUAUAUAUAUAUAUAUAUAUAUAUAUAUAUAUAUAUAUAUAUAUAUAUAUAUAUAUAUAUAUAUAUAUAUAUAUUUGUUUUUACUUUGUGAAAAUUAAAGUGGGUGUGUAUUUUUAUGACAUUAACAAUUUUUUUAAAGACACUCAAAUCUGUUAUAGACGUAUGUUACGCACUGCUGUCUAUAGGGAGAAAUUAAUAUUCUAUUUACAUGUAUGGCUCGUUCCAGAACAGUUCAUAACAAGACGACACCAAUUGAUAAAAACUAGAACAGAGAAUACGACCCCCAAAACAGGGCUAAUUACGAUUAAUAAGAUUUAUUUAGUUAUCAAUAUAACUACAAAAGAAAAGAAAUAUAAUUAAAAUCAUCAACUUACAGAGUAUUGUUUUUCUUGUACUGGUACACUGUUAACACAAUGUGCUGAAAAAUAAACUACAAUGAUGAAUACGAACUCACACAUAUAAGUAAACACAGACUAACACACUAUUGUCUCGUAAAGUAAAAAUAUCUCGUGAUCUCUCUAUGCUCUCUGAAUCCCCUUAUAUAAUAUCUCUAGUCGUUCUACCGGCGCAUCUGGAAAAGCCUUACGCAUUGUUUUCCUUUCCAGUUCACUCCCGACCUUUACACAAAAUUAAUGUUUAGUUGGUAGUAAACAAAGCCAAGAUCAAAGGGAAGACUGUUCUUGGUAAGCCACACCCUAUUAGUAUUGCAGCGUCCGCUAGAGCACAUGGCGUAAAGACGUCGACUGCGUAGCAUGUGAAAAAUGGUUGCGAGAUUCUUCUUUAGAUAAAAGAAUUUUUGUUUUACGAUUUUCUGAUAAUAUAUAUUUUAAAAUACAAUGCAAAAGUUUGUAUCUUUUAUAAGGAUAUUAAUGUAUCGAAAUCCUUUAAUAUAAAAUAUAUUUAUAUCAUAUAUAGAGUUUUUGUGGUAAAUUUAAGACUAUGUUUUCACAAUUUAAAGAGAAAAAAAGUUGUAGUUCAAGGGCAGGAAAAUGGGUAAAUCUGAAAUAUUUCUCUAGCGUUGAAAUCCUCCAGCAAUUAACUUCCUUAGUGACAAAAGUAAUAAUAUUAUUGAUACUUUAGACUGGGUAAUUAAAGGUGAUGUUUAGAGGGGAACAUGUACUUUAGCGGCAUGAAAGUGAUUAGGGUAUGCGAAUAAUAUAUAGCAGAAAAAUACUUCUCAAAACUUAAUAAUGUUAAAAACGUAAAUAUCAUUACAUUGGUACUUCUUUUUUUAAUUUAGAAAUUGUGAUCAUUUUUUGAAAUAACAGGUAAAAAUUAUUUCAAAGGACCUAUCACUAUUAUCCCGAUAAAAUCGGGUCGGCUUUAUAGGAGGUAUUUUUUAAAGCAAUAAACAAUGCUAAAAGCCUAAAAAUUUACUUAUGAAAAUCUGUUUUAGCUUCUUGAAAAAUAUUAUUUCAAAGAGAAAAAAAUGUAUUAUGAUUUAUAUUUACAGUGUGUAGGAAAUUAGAAUGCCCUGCAGUACCAGAUAAAGAAAAUCCACUUUCUUUCAUGGGACUCUACAAAGCGUCUUCAGAUUUUCCACCGGAAGUUUCCGCAGAUGAAAAUAUCAAUAGCGGAGACAGCGAGAUCACGACUAGAAUUUCCCGAAACAACACUCCCACUCAAGUCGACUCAAAACUCACGACGGUGAAAUCUGGAAGCUGUAUCCCCGUCGUGUCCAUCUCAUUGCUGACAACCAUCGUCCUGGUCUCGGUUGGUGGGUCAUUAAAAUAGUUGAACUCAUUAGUGGCUGGAUCUGAAAUUGAAUUAUCUGUGGAAGUUGUUACAAGUUUAUAAAAAUCUCUUAAUACAAAUCUUCAUCAAUUCGUUACAAGCAUUGCUGUAAUAUCUGCAGUCUAAAAAUUAAAUUUUGUAUUAUCAUAUUUAGAACAUGUUACAACAUAACAAAAAAAGCAUUAAACAAAAGUCACUUACAGUUCAUCUUGUUUAAUAAGCAAAUUAAAACAUAUUGAUUGCAACACAAUCAAAACAUGUCAAUUUCAAAACAUUUAAGAUUACCCUUUUUUAAAAAAAAUAAAUCGUAUUGUUA